AUGCCACUCCCGCUGACCGACUUGGACCGAGGCAUUGUUGGGUGGGAUAGUCAAGAAGACCCGUCCAUGCCCCUGAACUUCCCCCAAACCCGCAAGUGGAUGCUUAUCAGCCAGGUGUCGGCGAUCACCUUCAUCUCUCCCUUGGCUACAACCAUUGUGGCCCCGGCCGCUUCGUAUAUCGAUGCCGAUCUCGACAAUUCGAGUGCAAUUCUGUCCAGCUUUGUGACCUCGAUCUAUCUCUUAGGCUAUGUGAUCGGACCACUGCUCUUAGGCCCGGCCAGCGAAAUCUGGGGUCGACGCCCAGUAAUGUCAGCGGCGAAUUGGUCCUUUGUGGUCUGGCAGGUAUGCUGUGCCCGGGCGCCUACAAUAGGAGCAUUGAUUGGGUUCCGCUUCUUGGCCGGAAUCGGAGGGGCAGGAUGCAUGACACUCAACGGCGGGGUUGUGGCCGACCUGUUCGUGCCGGAAGAACGCGGUGGGGCCAAUGCGAUCGCGGCGGUGGGGGUGAUCUUCGGCCCAGUGCUCGGCCCGAUCUGCGGCGGGUUCAUUGCCGAACGGGCCGGUUGGCGCUGGGUUUUCUGGACGCUCUGCUGCGCCGGCGGGGUGAUCAGCGCCGCCAUCGAGCUCUUCAACCGGGAGAGCUACGCCCCCGUGCUGAUCGCCCGCAAGACUGCGCGCCUAGCCAAGGCGCUGGGCCGUUCGGAUCUACGGUCCGCCUACGAGAGCCAAGAUGGGCCGAAUCGCAGUAACCGCAGCACCUGGCGCCGGAUGCAGCGAGAGCUGACGCGCCCCCUGCGCAUGCUCUUCCUCUCGCCCCUUGUGGCGCUGUUCUCCACCUACAUGGCCCUGAUCUACGGGCUCUUCUACCUGCUCCUGACAACCAUCACCACCGUCUACCAGGACACCUACCACUGGUCGCCGGAGCUCACGGGGCUCGCCUACCUAGGCCCCAGCCUGGGAUUCCUGGCGGGCCUGCUGAGCAUCGCGACCACGAGCGACCGGCUCAUCGUCACGUUGACCGCGCGCAACGGCGGUCUCUACGAGCCCGAGAUGCGGCUGCCCUUCAUGGUGGUCUUCGGCCUGCUGAUCCCCGGCGCCCUCUUCUGGUAUGGCUGGACGGCUGACCGCGCCGUCUUCUGGCUCGUGCCGUUGAUCGGCCUCGUGCCCUUCGGCUUCGGCAUGCUGGGCAUCUUCUUCGCCAUCCAGAUGUACAUGAUCGACGCCUUCCCGCGCUACGCCGCCUCCGCCAUGGCCGCCGUCACUGUCUCGCGCUCGCUCCUCGGCCCUCUCCUGCCGCUGGCCGGCCCCCCGCCGUACGACCGUCUGGGCCUGGGCUGGGGCAACUCCCUGCUGGGGUUUAUCGCGUUGGCCAUGGUCCCCGUGCCGUAUUAUCUGUGGAAGAUGGGCCGGUCCAUCCGGCUGAACCAUCCCAUUGAGCUGUGA